AUGGUUCUUCAAUUGAGAGCGACGACAAAGGCAUUCGGGGCCCUGAGGCCCCGGGCCGCCCAAGCCGUCUCGUUGUCCGCAGCUCGAUGCUACUCCGCCUCCUCGGAACCCGACUUGAAGGAGACUCUGAAAGAGGUCAUUCCCGCAAAGCGCGAGCUGUUCAAGAAGGUCAAGGCAAAUGGCUCCAAGGUCAUCGGCGAGGUCAAGAUCGAGAACACCAUUGGUGGCAUGAGAGGACUCAAGGCCAUGGUCUGGGAAGGGUCUGUUCUCGACGCCAACGAGGGUAUCCGGUUCCAUGGGCGCACAAUCAAGGAUUGCCAAAAGGAACUCCCCAAGGGCAAGACCGGCACCGAGAUGUUGCCCGAGGCCAUGUUCUGGCUGUUGCUGACCGGAAAAGUCCCCUCUGUCACCCAGGUCCGCCAAUUCUCCAGAGAGCUCGCUGAACAAGCAUCCCUGCCCGACUUUGUCAACAAGAUGCUUGACAACUUUCCCAAGGACCUGCAUCCCAUGACCCAGUUCGCCAUUGCUGUUAGCGCUUUGAACUACACCUCCAAGUUCGCAAAGGCCUACGAGGGGGGCAUGAACAAGGCGGAUUACUGGGAGCCAACUUUCGAUGACUGCAUAAGUCUUUUGGCGAAGCUUCCAACUAUUGCGGCCAAGAUCUACCAGAACUCCUACCGUGGCGGCGGUGCUCUCCCGGCUGAUGUUGACAUCGACCAGGACUGGUCCUACAACUUCGCUGCUAUGCUGGGCAAAGGUGGCAAAGAGAACGAAAACUUCCAAGACCUUUUGAGAUUGUACCUGGCUCUUCACGGCGACCACGAAGGUGGCAAUGUUUCUGCCCAUGCUACACACCUAGUAGGCAGCGCUCUCAGCGAUCCCUUCCUGAGUUAUAGCGCAGGUCUUCAGGGCCUUGCUGGGCCGCUGCACGGACUCGCCGCCCAGGAAGUCCUCCGUUGGAUCAUCCAGAUGAAGGAGGCUAUCCCAGAUAACUACGGCGAGAAGGAAGUCCACGACUACCUUUGGUCGACUCUCAACUCUGGCCGGGUUGUUCCAGGCUACGGUCAUGCUGUUCUCCGAAAGCCCGACCCUCGAUUUGAGGCUCUUAUGGACUAUGCCGCCGCCCGUCCCGAGAUUGCACAGGAUCCCGUGUUUCGGUUGGUCAAGAUGAACAGCGAGAUCGCCCCAGAAGUGCUGAAGAAGCAUGGCAAGACCAAGAACCCUUACCCCAACGUUGAUUCCAGCUCUGGUGUCUUGUUCCAUCACUAUGGCUUCCACGAGACCUUGUACUACACCGCGACCUUCGGCGUGAGCAGAGGAUUGGGUCCUCUGGCUCAGCUCAUCUGGGAUCGCGCACUUGGUCUUCCCAUUGAGCGCCCCAAGAGCAUCAACUUGGAAGGUCUGCUCAAUGCUUAA